GUUUAUUUUCAGUCAGUAGCCUUCCAAUGUCCUUGGAAGUCUCUGCUAUUUCCCUUCCUACCAAGAUUUUCUUUUUCAAGAUUUUUUUAAGUAAAAAACUUGGGCUUUCUGAUAUGGUUUCUUAUAUUAUACCAUCUUUGCCUUUUGUUCCAACAAAAACUCCUCAUGUAUUUCAAAGAUUCCUGUUCUGCACUUCUAGCUUUGCCGCUUUAUUUAUAAGUUAUAUGUUUUCUACUUUCUACUGUUGUGUUGUUUGAUAUUUGGCAAUUUUGAAGCUACCCAAUAAAGAUGUAUGUGAAUUCGUUUUUUAUCAUAAUUUUUUUACUCGUUCGAGUUUCUAAAGCAGUGCUUAUUCUCACAUAAUUCUUAAUUCUUGACUACUUGGUCCUGUUUUGAUUUGAUGCUGUUAUGGACUAAUUUCUCUUUAAGGCCGGUACUGAUCACUCCAUUUCAUAGUACUGGAAAGAGAAGCUUAAAAGAUUGGGGGAGAUCAGGUGCGUGGACAGGUAGAAGAAAUCUAGAAGUGAUUGUUUGUAUGGACUGGCACUUGAAAGCACCUUCUUGGGAUUUCACAGAAUUAGAACAAGAAGCCUUUCCCAACACAGAAACAGUAGGUGGUUCAAGUAGUUUUGGAUAUCAAAGGACCAAUGAAGGAGAUUUUUCAGUUGAUUUGAAGCUUGGUCAGUUGGGUAAUUCAGCCCAUGAUCCAGUGAAUAAAUGGAAGGAGCCUGGAGUCUCAAAAAUGUCAUCAUCACCUUCCGGAUCAUCAAAGAGGGCAAGAGCAACUAACAAUGGUAGUAAUCACCCAGUGUCAUGCCUUGUUGAUGGCUGCACUUCUGACCUUAGUAAUUGUAGGGACUACAAUAGACGCCACAAGGUGUGUGAGCUCCAUUCCAAGACUCCCCAAGUAAUCAUUUGUGGCCAGAAGCAAAGGUUCUGCCAGCAGUGCAGCAGGUUCCAUUCACUGGAGGAAUUUGAUGAAGGAAAGAGAAGCUGCAGAAAACGUCUCGAUGGACAUAAUCGGAGGCGAAGAAAGCCUCAACCUGAACCCCUGUCUCGAUCUGGGAACUUCUUGUCCAAUUACCAAGGCACCCAGUUGAUGCCAUUCUCCAGUUCACACGUAUAUCCCGCCACUACCAUGGUGAGCCCUGCCUGGGCUGGAGUUCUCAAUACUGCUGCAGAUGCUAGGCUUCAUAACCAGCAGCAACAGUUACAAUUACUGGAUAAAGAAAAACUAUUUCUUGGAUCCUCCCCUAGUACUAGCAGCACCAAUUAUAUGGGAGGGAAGCAACUCUCGUUCUUGCAGGGUGGCAGCACCAUACUCAACAACCAAUCAUCUCUUGAAGCUCCUGUCUGCCAGCCGCUUCUGAGGAACAUUGCUUUAUCGGAAAAUGGUGGAACUAGGAGCAAAAUGUAUGGUGACAGGCUAACAACUGGAGUCCAUGACUCGGAUUGUGCUCUCUCUCUUCUGUCAUCGCCUCAGUCACAGUCAUCUGGCCUUGCUUUGAGCCACAUGGUGCAUCCCAAUUCAGUCUCCCUGGUGCAGCCCUUAGACUCAAGCUUACAUGGUAACAACUUAGAGCCCAUGGAAGCAGUUCUGAUUUCCAGUGGCAGUGACAGUAACAUCCAUUGCCAGGGAAUGUUUCAUAUGGCGUCUGAGGAAUCACCAGCAAACGAAACCCCUCAAACAUUUCCCUUUCGGUGGGAGUAAAAAAAUGCCACUUGGAAUUUACCUAGCUGCAUUAUGUUUCUGGAUUCUUUUGUUGACGAUGGAUUGGAUUUCUUUCCUUUCAGAGGUAAGAUGUUUGUUUAUUAAAUCUCCUUGAUCAGUGGACUUCAUUAUACUAUCCUCAUGUUUUUUAGACUGACUACUAUGGUUCUGCGCUUGAUUCUGUAAUGGUUGUAAGGAAUAUUCAAGUUUCCUUUCUUUUCUUUUCUUUUCUUUUUUCCAGUGUUUGGUCGCCCAUGACAGAAACAUAUAUAUUCGAUAAAA